AUGCAGCGCGUUUCUGCUUUCCUGCCCUCGUGGGAAAAGAGAAACUCUGGCGGCUCCAGGAGCGGCAGCGUGUUUGGCUGGCCCAACAGGUCGUCGCAGCCUCCGCCCCCCAAUGGCCUGUCCAAGAUCAACACCGACGCCGCCAAUAUGCAGGUCAAGCGGGUUCAGCGGGAAGCUUUUUGGCCCGCGACGCUCGACCUCGAGAGUGACAAAGCAGCUCGCAUCCUCAAAUCCUUUUGCGUGGACGGCUACUUCGCCCCUAUCGACGACGUGCCGGCGUCUCCGUCUUCCACCUCGACGGGCGUCAGGACCCUGGAUCAAGUUCCCAAGAAGAUUCCAAAGCGAAUAAUACAGAAUGCAGCCGCCAUUGCUGUCUUUACGUGUAUGCGCAGUGGCUUGUGGAUGACCGGUUCGGGCGGCUCAGGUAUCCUGAUUGCCAGAAAGUCGGACGGCACUUGGUCUCCGCCUUCAGGCAUCAUGCUUCACACUCCAACCCUCAGCUUCAUCAUCGGAGUCGACGUCUACGACUGUGUCCUGGUCAUUACCAGUCUUGCUGCGCUUGAAUCCGUCUCUAGACCGCGAGUGACGCUUGGCGAAGAUGUCGAGCUUCGGACAGGAGAGACCGUCUCAAUUGGCUCUGAUGAAGCCGAUGUCAAUUGGAGAGACCUGGGCAACACCGUGUUGACGUACAUGAAAGCGCGAGGCCAGCAGCAAUCAGUCAACCUAUACGGAUGCAUGCUGUCCGAGCGCAGCAACGAAAACGACCGCUUCUACGGCUCCACUGACAUCACUCAUAUGGACAUCCUUGCUGGAAAUGUCGCUCAUGGUGUCGAAGAGACUACUUCUUUGAACGAAGUUCUCAAAAUGGCCGAGGGAAGAACUGACUACGACAAUGCUGUCAUCACCAGGGUUGCUGCGGAGCCUGCGCCGAGUGACGCUUUGAUCACUACAAGCCCUCCCAAAUCGGUAUCGAUGCCCGCAUCUCCUCACACUUCGUUUGGUAUCCCCCAGGCGGAUGAUCCGGACCCUUUUGGAGUCCUGGCGCUGGAAAUGGCGGGCCUUGAGAUCCGUGAGGCUGGCUCUCGCAUUCGACCGACAAGUAGCUUGUUCGACAUGAACCAGGCUCCCAUGAGCCCAACUGUUGCGUCCAAAUUUAGCCGGCAGAGCAUGGAUACCUUUGUGUCGAGAAGCAACCGGAACAGCUACGUGUCAAUGCGCACCAUCCGGAGCCAGGUGACUGAUGCUGGCACCCAGACUGACGUGGGCAACACACCGGCGACGUCUCCCAGCCCAGGCCCUAGCGACAGCAACGGGCGGGCAUCCCCAGCCUAUAUCGAGUCUGUAAAGGAAGAAGAGGAGGAAGAUGAUGAAGCAGAGAGGGUAAGAAAGGAAGAAGAUGAAGAAGAAGAUGAGGAAGACGAGGAGGAGGAUGAAGAUGAGGAGGAGCCGGUUGUGGCAAAGGCUGUCGCCCAUAGGCUCUCCAAAGACGUAUCCGUCGGUGUUGACUCUGCGGACGAAGCAGAGCUAAGCGACGACGACGACGCCAUUUCCCUCUCUGAAAGCCUUCGCCGUGAAGAAGAUGAGAUGAGCCACGACGAAUCAAGCGAAGAAGAAGGGCUCUAUGAGCACGAGGAAGAUGAUAGCGAUGACGACAUGCAUGAUGCCGAUGAGGACGAUGACAUUGAAGAAGAAGAACCUGUGGUCUUUGAGGUCGCCGCGGUGCAGCGAACUAGCACGCAGGCCCUCUCCUCUCGCAUGAUCCAAGCUCGGGGCAACGUUGUGACAAUCGCCAAGAGAGUGCCACCACCUCUGCCAACCCGCAGCCCUGCCAGGAUGUCCCGCAUUGCCAACAAGGACGCUACUGGCGAGGAGCUCAACUUGCAGAGCCCCCUUAGCCAGACAUUCAGCAGCGAUGGCGAUAUGGACGGCCAAGAAGCCAAUGACGACAAGAUCGACGCCGUGGCAGCGACGGAGCAGAAAGAGCAGGAGGCUGAGCACUCCGAAAGCGAUGAGAGCGACGCCGCAGAAGAGCCCCAGCACAAAAUCCUGGCUUCAGAGGAGAACGUCUCCAGCUCCGACGAGUCUAGUGCCGAUGAGGCCGACUUGGAGGAACGCAAGCAAGACGAUAUUCUGUUGAACGAACCCCACCACGAGCAGAUCGACAACUCGGAUGCGGGAUCAAGCAAGAAGAAGCACACCUCAUCCAUCUACACUGGCGUGACCGAGGACCGUUGGAGCGACAACGGAUCCUCAGUCACCACACCCACCUCUGAGCAGAGAUUCUCUCUAAUGGUAGAGGAGAAGAUUGUUGAUGAGACCCCCAAGAAAACGAUUCAAGAAGCAAAGGAAGUUGAUGAUUCUCCCUCUGCGCCCACCGACAUUGCCCACAGCCCGGCGGUGACGGUAGCCAACUAA